UCUCCACCAUCAGUUUAAUUCCACCCUUCGAAUCAACAAGACAAGAUGGAGAAGUAAUUCAUAGUGAUUGGCAGAAUAAUCGGAAUGAGCGAAUACGGCUUGAGCCAACGGGAGAUAUCGAGGAGACUUGGGUGUAUGUCGUGAAAUCUACUUGGUUGCGGAGAUGGGAGGAGGAAGGAGAAGAUUUAGAAGAUAGAAGGAAAGGAGGCAAUCACCCAAGAGGCACCACGGAAAACGAAGAUCAAUCUAUUGUGCAAACAUGUGAAACCAACCCUCACCUUAACGCACAACAAAUUGAAGAACGAUUGAACAUCCAGGCCUCUAUGGACACUGUCAGAAGACUUCACCAGGCGGGGCUUCAUCACCACACCCCCGCCAUGACAGAUCAUCUGACACAACACAACGACACAAGGAUAUUCUUCAAUUUGCUGAAGAUUACCAAGAGAAAGAAUUCGAUUUCUGGGGAAGUUAUUUUUUUCCGACGAGAUCUUUUCCUCAGCAGGGCAUGGCAAACUGCACUGUUGAAGGAAUGGAACAAGUGUGAAAUUACGAUAUUGGAAAUUGGAAUUAUGAAAAUCAGCCAACACACUGACUGGCAGAGCAGAGUUCCUACCAUGAGUGGCACGGAGGGAGUUAUACCUCGUCCAGAGAUGACUUCUGUGCUGUUUCAGUAUCUGGAAGGUAUUUACAGAGAUCCUGAAACAAGUCUACAAAAUGAGCUGUGGCUGCCGAGAAGAGUGACUCACCAAUGGCUAGCUGAGAGAGGAAUGUUUCCGAGGUUUCUCACAAGCAUUAUAUCAUGGCGCUCUGUGGCCGUCCUGGCACUGACUGCAAGUCUGCUGCAGAUAACCAAUAUAGUCUUAACAUGGCAGUUGAAGCAAAGACACCUGCUUUAUGCACCCGAGGCUGCCGAGGUGGAGGAGACCAGCGGCCAGCUGGGCUCAAAGAGACACCACCAUCACCAUUCGGCCGACAGACGUGGACACUUCCACCUUGGCCCAAAGGUCUCAGAUGAUCACCAAGCAACACUGUCCCGCAUUGCUCACUGGAGUGUGCUGGACGGUUCUGGGGAGUUCCGCGUGUCAGGUGGAGUGCUGCGUGGGACGGCACAGUCCAUGGAUUGGGUGGAGCAGGACGAGGCUAGGCAUCAUGACCUCACCCUGGUCACCCAGUGUUCCUUGUCAAGGCUUCACAAGCUUCCACCUCUUGCUGUGCAUUGGCAGGGCCCAUUGUCCAUUGCAGUGUUUGUUCUGAGUGGGGAGGUGCAAGCAGCUGUCCAGACAUUCCACCUGCUUAGAAAGUGUUACCCGAGUGUGAAAGAAAACGUUACCUUCAGCCUGGUGUUUCCCCUCAACUCCCCCACCUCCCCUCACAUCAUCCCCACAGCAAACACCACUCCCUGCCACAAGAUCUUCUCUCCCGUGCACCAAGACAACUACAGCUUUAAUGGAGUGCAGUACCCCAACAACCUGCUGAGGAAUGUUGCCCGGAAAGCAACCACCACCAGUCACAUGAUGGUGGUUGAUGUUGACAUAACUCCUAACUCAGGACUCCAUAAAUCCUUCUUGUCAUUUGCAAAGAGAAAGGGUUUGUUUAAGAAGUUUAGUAAAGAAAAGACAGUGUGGGUGCUGCCAGCCUAUGAAGUGAAAAACGAUGCUGGUAUCCCUGAAACUAAGGAGCAGCUGUUGACAAUGAAGAAAAAAGGUUUGGCAAGACCUUUUUAUCAAGAAUUGUGCUUAAAGUGUCAGAAAUUCACAGACUACCCAGCUUGGGAAAAGGAAAAGGCUGGACGCUCAGGAUUGUCGACAGCAUACGAGGUACUCUGGCAGAGCACAUAUGAACCUUUCUAUAUUGCCAGCACCAAGAUACCUCUCUACGAUGAAAGGUUCAGGCAGUACGGCUUCAACAGGAUCAGCCAAGUGUGUGAGCUGCAUGUGGCGGGCUUCAGGUUCCUGGUGUUGGAUUCUGCAUUUGUGAUCCAUGAAGGAUUCAAAACAGUGGACAGCUUCCACACCACAAAGGAUGCAGAGCAAGAAAAGAACAACAUCCUCUUUCGUCAUUUUAAAGCUGAGUUGAAGAUAAAAUACCCAGAAUCGUCUCGAAGUGUCACUGAGGUUUAUUUGGGUCACAUCCACACAGACGCUGCCCUCCUGCUGUGUGACCUCUGGGUGUUUAACAGCGGCAGUUUUUAAGUCAUUGCAUAUGCCUAUGUUUUCUUACAUAAGGUACUGUGCAAAAUUCAUCCCAAUCUCAUUAAGCUGAGGAAUUUUGGUAUUAAACAAAUUACAUAAAGGUGUUCAAAGCCGAAACCCCUGAGGCUUGACAUUAAGGAGAGUUUUGCAGGGUGACAUUGAUUGAUGCCUAUCAAAUAUUGUAGUUUACACAUUAUCAGGAUGAGCAUAUCACAUUCCUCAGACUUUUAGCUUUAAUUCUAAUGAAUUUUAUAAAAAGCUUUAAUUUGAUUUAUGCAUUGUAUAAAAUACAUACUGUAUUUCUAUUUAUUUUGGUCACAAUCUUAUUAUAUUUAAAAAUACAGUGGAAUCUCACCAUUUGUACUCAAGUCAUUCCCGGAGGCUGUUCAAAUUGCAAUUUGUGCAAAAUAUAAGAAAUAAUGUACACCUCAUCUCAAGUGUCAUACCUGCUGGGUUUCUUCAUUAGGGACAACAUUACACUCGAGGAUCACUAAACUCACGGUAUUGGAAAUUCUGUAAAAAUGCUUAUUCAUUCCAGCAACCAAAUGGAUUAGGAUGGUGGUAAUAUGAGGUAUCUGAAUCAUAAAGGUCAGUAGCCAUUUGGUCAGCGGCAGCAGCGGUCGGGGAGUGAUGUACUGAGGGAGGGAGGGAGGGAGGGAGUGAGUGAGUGUGGGUGGGUGGGUGGUGGUGAGUGGUGAGUGCACUCCAUACACACAUACUUUGUCUCUGUGGCAGCACAGUACUGAGGGACAACUUUCCUCUAAUAUCACAUGGCAGCCAAGUGGAGAGUGGUAGUAAUUUGAGGUAUCUGAAUCAUAAAGGUCAGUAGAUGAGAUGGAAGGUUCAACCAACAGCAACGGCACGGAAGUGAGUGAGGGUGGGAGGGAGGGUGGGAGAGAGGUGUGAGAGUGUCAAGGUGAUAAUCAUCCAACUGCUUAGUUAUUUUGCAAAUUAUUAUUUCAGAAUUGUUGUCACCAGAAAGUUGUUUUUUCAUUCAUCUAAAUUUAAGAAAAAUUUUUCUUUGUUCCAUUGUAGGUGACCUGUUCACUGCAAGGAUGGUCACUCUUUUGCCACAUGGGCCCCUUUUAUUGUCUUUAUUUUUCAACAAUAUGGUUGGUUUCUUCAUACCAUACUUGGUUGCAAGAUCAGAGAUAUAAGUUCUACUUUCAAACCAUAAGUUUUAUUUAUUUAUUUAUUUUUAUUUAUUUAUUCUAUUUUAUUUUAUUUUAUUUAUUUUUAUUCCAUUCAAUUAUCAUUCUCACUGCUUUCCCAUUAGGCUUUUUUGAUGCAUGGUGGCUGCACAAUUUUCAAUAAAAUAACAAAGAAUAGCAAUAAAACAUAAAGCUUGCACGGAUGAUGCUUAGUGCAAGGAAACCAGCACAAGGCUGACCUGAAGUGACAGCGUGGCACAGCCAGUACCAAGCUGAUGCUGUCCAAAGUGCAGGGCAAACUUAGUUGUUAGUUGAAUUUUGUGUGAACAAAUUGAAUGACAAGUUAAGUGAACAGUGAGGUGGAUGAAUGGUGAGGUUACACUGUAACUAGAUCUUUAUUCUUAAAGCAUUCUACAGGAUGGCUAGUACUAUGUUAGUUUUUUUCUAUAUUUAUACAAAUGGUUCAUUGAAAAUUAGAUGAUAUCUUGUUAGUAAUAAAUUAUUUAAUACCGAAGUA